UCGACGUGCGGCGACGUCCAGCAGAGGUCGCAUGCCGUGGCCCUAGGCAGAGCGGUCGGCGUGCCAUGCUCGAGUUGGGCGGCGGCGCCUCGUCCACGCAGCCGGCGACCAGCGCCUCGUGCAUGCUUUCCAUGCUGAACAUGGAGUCCUCGCGGUCCAACGCCUUCCUGCUGGGCAACCCUCCGCUGGCCGCGCUGCACUCGAUGGCCGACCUGCGCGCCACGGCGAGCCAGGCGUCGCACGUUUACCAGGGCGGCGCGCAGCCGCUCAAGGCGGCGCAGGCCUCGAUGGGGCUGUCGUGCGCCUACUCCACAGCGUCGGGCACGCCGCACGGCAUCAACGACAUCCUGGGCCGACCCGUGGGCCAGGCGGCCGUGGGCGCCGCGGGCGCCGUGGGCGCGACGGGGCUCGGAGCCAUCGGCCUGCCUCGCUUCGGGCUCGGAGUCGGCGCGGGCGUCUACUUCAACCCGGCCAACGGGGCGCUGCACAAGAUGGGCCUGGCCGACCUGCCCGGCAGGCCGCACCUCUACUGGCCCAGCGUCGUGCAGAACCCCGCGCUCUGGAGAGACCGCCUCGCCUCGGCAUCCGUGGCUCAGAACUGCCUGGACAAGGACGGAAAGAAGAAGCACACCCGGCCCACCUUCUCCGGACACCAGAUCUACGUUUUAGAGAAGACCUUCGAGCAGACCAAGUAUCUCGCAGGACCCGAGAGAGCAAAACUUGCCUACGCCCUUGGCAUGUCCGAAAGUCAAGUAAAAGUGUGGUUCCAAAAUCGGAGAACGAAAUGGCGGAAAAAACACGCCGCCGAGAUGGCGACGGCCAAGAAGAAGCACGACACCGAGGCCGAGCAGCUGCGACACGACGACGGUUCCGACCACGACGACCUGGACCCAAGCGACGUUAAGAAGUUGCGCCGGGACCAGGACGACGUCCUGCUGAGACAUCACCACCGCGACGACCACAGGCCGGACAGCUUAUCCUCCAUCUAGGCUUCCCCAGGCGUCAGACCCGUGCACCAACGGCGUAGUGCAAUACUCUCUCCACCUCCGUUCGUCGUCACCCACGCUCAUCGGCGAGUACCUGUACAUAGAAGAAAAUCGAAAGCCAAAGAAACAAAUUGUACAUAGACGUGAACUGCGCGCCGCGCUGCCCCGGACCAUGGUUGCCACGCGGAGUUGCCAUCGCGUCGACGACGCGUUUCGACCAAGAAGGACACGCCGGGCGCCGCGACGCUUUGUGUUCGCUUGCCAGAGUUUCGAACGAACUCGUCUUCCAUGCUUCCCCUGGGUUCGAGAUUUGUGAAACGGUCGCGGACUAUACGUGAAUGUGCAACGCGGCCGCUGACCCAACGCGAAGGUGGCUUCACUUCCCCCUAGUCGACGCCCGAGAACGCCUCGAGUUCUGUUAUUGCUCGUUUUAUUUUCGUUUUAGGAAUCCAGAGUGGACCGCUGCGCAGAGAGACGCCCCGCCCGCAAGCCGGGCACGCGGAUGUGGGGUCGUGCAUCGUGGCAGGCGGCAAACCAACUCUCUUUAGACACGUCGUCACCUGAUCUCCUCCUCGCUCACCGAAGACACGAAGCAACACGCCUGCUACAAACCACAAACUUGCUCUACUACGCGGGUUCUGCCGUUCCACCGUUAAAUGCAAAUGCGGAAAAGAAGAAAAAAAAAACGAAAUUGAACCCGCGCCGUUAAUUAAAAAGAAACAGAAAAAAAAAACAAUAACAAAGAAAGCAUCGAAAGAGGGGGUACUCACCUUUUCUGUUUUCCUCUCUAAAUCCACCCUUCUCUCAUUUAAAUUUAGGCCUCCUUCAGUUCCACGUCACUCGUGGCAACGUGGCGUAAAUUACGCUUUCCCGUAAACCCGAUCUGACAACUGAUGUUGCCUUUGAUGGAUCGAGAAGCCAAUUUCCAGUCGUUCCAAAUCAGUGCUUUCUCGAAAAAGGCGCCUCUAAGGUGAUUCCAGUAACAUGAUUCUUAAUCAAACAGACAAGAAAGCAAGAAGCGCUGCGAUGACAGGGCGUGAAAUUUGCUUAUCACGCGUCGCCUCAUCAUCCUUAUAGAGAGUUCCUGGCGCGAUAAACGCGGACACGAAUGUUUCUGGGACUUAACCGAAAUCCCGCAGGCAUGAAGUAUCAGGAAUACUACGACGUUUCCUCUCAUAGUCAAUCUAAAACCGUAUACAUAGUCUUGCUCGUUCCUCCCACGAUUGUGAUUUUCGCCGAAUCCAAGCGCGUUCAAACCAAAAAUACGAAUCAAAAUCGAGUGUAGGUCGAAUAUUUCUCACCUGCUCUAUCUCACGGUGCACCGGGUAUAAUCUCCGCAAAUCAAGCACGGCGUGAAAUAUUAAACACGAAUCGAAAGGUGCAUGACCACGGAGAUGUCAUCCAUAUUCGUGCACCCCGUUUCCUGCACACGGGGGUCUUCCUGACGAUACUUGAGAAAGGCGUAUUGUGUGCGCGUAUCGUCAACUGUAUCACUCGUUCCUCUGAGUUCAGUGCGUUGGUACAUGUAUAUAGAUUUGUAAGUUAACCUGUAUGCAAAGAGUUAUUUGGUAGCGUGAUAGGCAACCAAAGUACAGUGUCCAUCGAGUCUUGUCUUUGAACCGAACUCCUGGUUACAGGAGUAAACGACGGCGACUGAACCAGAGGGCGGGGACCACCAGCCAAUCUUUGCGCAAAAUGAUGUGAGGUUUUACGAAAUUAGGAGUGGCAUUUCUGCGCUCCGCUUUUGAAAAGACUCGUCUCCCAGACCUGUGUUACGUGAGCUCUACUCCCUAAAUGCCAAAGACGUUUAUCAAAGGACUAAUGUUUGAAUUCUAUGAGAGCGGAAAAGAGUGAUGCUAAGCUAAGUCAGUUUACAGCUGAAGUGAACAUCGCAUUGCUUGGUGUUUUCUAAAAUGAAUAGCGAUUAUUGGUCUGUUUCAUCUCAAGUCCGUGGCUCGUGCUGUAUUGCAGAGCAGGUUGCAAUUCUCGACGUUUGUGUGCUCCGGCAUGGCAUUUCAAACUGCGCUGUCGCGUAUUUAUGAUUGUGGUGGGCGACGAUAUUUGCUGAAGCAAUAAAAAAAUACAAUUCA